CGAGGCACCUCCGGCGGCUCCAGCAGCGCCGGGCCGCCAGCGCGGGGAGAUGCCGCGCUCCUUCCUGGUGGACUCGCUGGUGCUGCGGGAGGCGAGCGAGAAGAAGGGCGAGAGCAGCCCGCCGCCGCCCCUCUUCCCCUACGCCGUGCACCCCUCGCACCCGCUGCACGGGCUGCCCCCCGGCGCCUGCCACUCGCGCAAGGCCGGGCUGCUGUGCGUGUGCCCGCUGUGCGUCACCGCCUCGCAGCUGCACCCGCCGCCCCCGGCCCUGCCGCUGCUCAAGGCCUCCUUCCCCCCGUUCGGCUCGCAGUACUGCCACGCGCCCCUGGCCCGGCAACACUCGGCCUCCUCCGCGGUCAGCGUCAGCCACGCGCCGGCCAUUUACCAGACCGCCUACCCCCUGCCCGACCCCAGGCAGUUCCACUGCAUCUCCGUCGACAGCACCUCCAGCCAGCUGCCCAGCAGCAAGCGGAUGCGCACCGCCUUCACCAGCACGCAGCUCCUGGAACUGGAGAGGGAGUUCGCCUCCAACAUGUACCUCUCCCGGCUCCGGCGCAUCGAGAUAGCCACCUACCUGAACCUCUCCGAGAAGCAGGUGAAGAUCUGGUUCCAGAACCGCCGGGUCAAGCACAAGAAAGAAGGCAAAAGCAGCUCCCACCGAGGAGGGGGCUCUGCCCACAGCUGCAAAUGCUCCUCUCUGGCCACCACAAAGUGCUCGGAGGACGACGAGGACUUGCCCAUGUCUCCAUCGUCCUCAGGGAAAGACGAUAGAGAUCUCACAGUCACCCCGUAGCCCCUCAGCCCCCAGAGACUAACCCGAGAGCAGAAGGGGAUCUUGCCCUGUCCUAUGCCAAAACGCUGUGGAAGGAUUUUAUAUCGUUUUGUAUAUUUCAUGUAAUUUACAGAGGACUUUCUGGCCUUUUUAGAAAUCCUGUGAGUGCCGCUGUGUCGAUGAUUCCGUUGUAAAUAAACAGCCCGCGUGAGCCUAAAUGUCGCCAACUGUUGCUAUUUUACUUGUGGUGAGGGGUUUUGGUUUUGUCGUCAGGCAAAGCGCUCCGCUCCCCCACCUCUGUGUUGUGAACUGUGAUUAACUGUGUCUGGUAAACAGCGAUCCUCCAGAGAUAUCUCUUUCUCAGAGGGGGCGGGGAGGGGAGAACUAGUUCUGUAAUUUGUAUCAAUGGUCGGGAAUCAUUCAGCUUUAGUAUCUCCCGGCAUUUCGUCCCUCUCCAAAAGCAAAAAUGGGGACGCGCACCGGGUCACUGCGGUGAUCUCUAGAAGCAGGUAAUGAAAUGUGUGAAAUGUGGUUUGACGCCUUUUUUUUGGGGGGGGGGGGGAAGAUGAGGGAGAGGAGUUUCUUUUUUCUGUAAAAUUUGCUUGAUGGCGUUUCUUCAGACCCAUAGCUAUGUAAUUGUAUGGUUUCUGUACUACCGGGAG